AUGGCAACGGGUUGCCAUGAGGCUCAAGUGGCGAGUUCGAGUACCGUUGGAAGAGGUGAAGAGAUGCGACACGAUGAGGCCGAAAGUGCUAUUCAGUUCAGUCCAGUUCAGUUUGGUCGGGACAAGAAACGCUUUCGGGAUUCGAUGCCGCGUGAGCCUCAAUGGCGUUGUGAGGCAUACUCAUUUUGGUCAGCCCUUGGAAAUGGCAUUAAUCAACCGAGGCCGACUAAGUUCCUCUAA